AUGCGCACCUCAAUUUUCCUCGCCGCAGCCUUAGCUGGCAUCGCCAACGCCAAAGACUCCUCUUCUAGCACAAUCGUCGGCUACUUCAUCCCAUCCUGGGCUCCAACCACCCAACUAGGCGGCCAAACAAGCACGGCAGCCAGCCUAGCAGGCAUUAACGCCGAGGCAGCAACCUACCACGUCGGCUGUGUGAAGGACGCCCCGAAAUCCGACUGCAACUACCCAAAGUCCUGGACAAUCAUCCAAGGCGCCUCGACAGUCAGCGUGACCGGCGAAUACAUUUAUUCGACAACCGACAAUUCUCAAAACUAUGAUAUCACCGUCACGCAGUCUUGGGAGUGCUCGCUCAAAGCUUCUACUGAGUCAGCUAGCUGUACUAUGAGCAUUGGCAUGGAUGGGUCUUUGGACGGUGGGAAGUAUCAGUCUUCUUCUUCUACCGCUGCGACGUAUACCACUGCGCCUAUCAGUGACACGUAUUAUAAGUUGACUGUUACUGGUGGUAUCGAUUCUUAUACCGCUCCUGAAGCUACCAAGACUCCUGGUGCUGCUGCUGCUGGGCCUGCUGCUGCUUUUGUUACCGCUGGCCCCAUGGUUGCUGCGGCUGUCGUUGCUUUACUGUGA